AACUUGCCUUUACAGAUCACACACCGCUCCCUCUCUCUGUGAUUCCUUUUCAAAUCUGUAUCCUAUAGCUUCCAUUUCUUCUUCGAUGUAUUGAAACAAGAGAAGGUAGACAACAAUGGCGGAAGAGGAAUACUAUGACUCGGAGCUUAGCGACAAGCAAAAGAAAGAGAUCGCCAAAUGGUUCCUUCUCAACUCCCCCGCCGGUGAAAUCCAAUAUAUAGCUAAAGAUUUGAAAUCGGUUUUGAAUGACGAGAGAGUAUACAACGAGGCAGCUCAAGAGGCAUUCCCUCUAUACAACAAAUCUCACUUGAUUUCCCUCGAAUUACCUGAUAGAAGCGGAGAUGUGUUGAUUACACCUUAUAAUGAGCUUGAUAAGAAUGAGUAUCUUGAUCCUAGAGAUGCCCAGGUGGCUACAGUUAACCAUGUGAAGCAAGUUUGUACAGAGGCAAGACCUGCAGUUGAUGAGGAACUUCCAUCACCUUAUAUAGAGGAAUAUCGUUAUGCUCUAGAUGCAGAAAUGCUUAAAUAUGUUGGUGAAGCUUAUCCAAAGGGAGUCUGUUCUGUGUACUGUGUUAAUGGAAAAGAUGUGGAGGGACCAGGAUCUAAUUUUGAGCUUGUUGUGGUGAUCUCUGCUGUUAAACAGAGCCCAAAGAAUUUCUGCAAUGGAAGCUGGCGCUCGGUGUGGAAUAUUGAGUUCAAGGAUGAAGUCCAAGUUCUUGUAAUAAGAGGCAAGAUACAGGUUGGUGCCCAUUAUUUUGAAGAGGGAAAUGUUCAGUUGGAUGCAAAAAAUGAAUGUAAAGUUGAAACUAAGUUUCAGGCCCCUGAAGAAUCUGCGCAUUCUAUAGCCAACAUUAUUCGCCACCAUGAAGCAGAAUACCUAGCAUCUCUUGAGGCAUCCUAUUCAAAUCUGCCAGAUACCACUUUCAAGGAUUUGCGAAGGAAGCUUCCAGUCACUCGCACCUUAUUCCCAUGGCACAACACUUCACAAUUCAGUCUUACUAGAGACAUCCAGAAGGAACUUGGAAUUGGAAAAUGAGUAACAAUGCUAGAAAUAUACACCAAGUGGCCUUGUAAAAUUGGAUUACUGAUAUCCUAACAAGUCGGAUCAUUUGCAUAUUGAGAAGGAAGUUGGAAUUGGAAUGUGAGUAAUGUCAUGCUGAGAGUAUAUGCACUGCAGUGCCUGAGGGGGGUGUGACCCUGAGAUGCUGGUUUAUUGGUGUCUUGAGUCCUGAGUCUACAACUUCUUCUGAGUUCUGAGAGUUGCUUUGCUUGCUUUCCUUCUUAUGUUUCCCUUCCUUUGAUUAUAGUAAUUUGGCCAUUCGCUGUGCUAGUUGUCGUCUUGUACCAUUCAUUACAAGUUGUGUACAGCUUUGUUGUUAAUGAUAAUUUUUUUCCCCUUGUGGUUUUAAA